UUGCAGUUGCAGGGAGGGGAUGAUGAUGUUGCCGAGGAUGCGCUGAUCCUCUGACACCAUGAUGCAGCCAUCACCCACUGCCGACAAUAGCAGCCGGAAGCAGCCGCGCUCCUCCUCCCCGGCCGGCCUCAAAGACGGCGGGUGUAAAGCGACACAGAAAGGGAGCAGCCCUUCAAAGCCUGUCGCCUCAAAGCAAGCAGCAGCGGGGGGAGGGGGAGGGAGAAGCAGCCAAGGACAUUCUCCUGUGUCCACCGGCCGGGAGCGGCAGGCCGGGGCGGUUCCUGCAGCUAAAGGCGCGGCUGCUAACCAGGCUGCAGGUGCUGAAAGCCCCACGUUGAGCCGGGCGGCGGCAGACAGAAGCGCCGUCCAGACAUCUGGUGACUCCCCACACCCUGAUGCCUCCUCCCCCUCCAGGGGCGAUCCAAACAGAGUAGUGUCAGACCAGCCCUGCGCAUCCAAAUCCCCGAAAUUGAGGAGCAAAAACACAAGAGGAGGGGAAGCCUCUGCAGCGACGGGUGGGGGUAAGAAGAGCUCCAAGAGCACAGUCGGCUGCGGACCUGGUUUCUGGAAGGAGGGGUGCUUGCAAUCAGAGCUGAUUCAGUAUCACCUGAAUAAAAGCUUAGGGAAGAAAGGGACAAAGAUGCAGACGACACCAGCCUCGCCCCCUGCCUUGGAGCUGUCUCCUGAGCCCCAGUGUCCACAACAAGCCCCCCAGCAGGACCAGACACUACUGGAGGAGAUAGACCGACUUGAGGAUGAAAAUGACGAUCUCAAGACCGAAAUCGAGGAGAUGCGAGCAGAGAUGGAUGAGAUGCGAGACACCUUCUACGAGGAGGACGCCUGCCAGCUACAAGAUAUGCGCAGGGAGCUGGAGAGGGCCAACAAGAACUGUAGAAUACUCCAAUAUCGCCUGAAGAAGGCGGAAAGGAAAAGGAUUCGCUUCACAGAGAGUGGCCAAGUGGAUGGAGAGCUGCUCAGAAGUCUUGAGCAAGACCUAAAGGUGGCAAAAGAUGUGUCUGUGCGUUUGCACCAUGAACUGGAGAACGUGGAGGAGAAGAGGACAAAGACAGAAGAGGAGAAUGAGCAGUUGAGACAGAAGCUGAUAGAAGUCGAAAUCACCAAACAAGCUCUUCAAAAUGAGCUAGAGAAAGCAAAAGAGCUUUCACUGAAAAGAAAGGGAAGUAAAGACGGCCAGAAAGAGAAAAAGGCUCCGCAGACUCCAUUUGAGGAAGAACAUGAAGAUCUGAAGUGUCAGCUUGCCUUCAUCAAGGAGGAGGCUGUCUUGAUGAGAAAAAAGAUGGCAAAGAUAGACAAGGAGAAGGAUCGUCUUGAGCAAGAGUUGCAAAAGUACCGCUCAUUCUACGGAGACGUGGACAGCCCUCUGCCCAAAGGUGAAGCAGGAGGUCCUCCCACCACGCGCGAGUCUGAACUGAAGCUUCGUUUGCGUUUGGUGGAGGAGGAAGCUAACAUCCUGGGGAGGAAGAUUGUGGAGCUAGAGGUAGAGAACAGGGGACUGAAGGCCGAGCUGGAUGACAUGAGAGAGGACAGCAUGGCGGCUGCAGGACUGAAUGGGGAUGGCAGUGGAGGUCAACAGUGCAGGGAGCAGGGUGAAGUUCUCUCGGAGCUGAGGCAGCAGCUGCAACUGGUGGAGGAUGAAGCAGAACUUUUGCGCAGAAAUUUAGCAGAUGUGGAAGAGGAAAACAAAAAGGUGACAAAUGAGCUGAACAAACUGAAGUACAAGGCUGGAUCCCAUGAAGCUGGCUCAAGACACGGAGGAGGAGCUGACCUUGCUAAAGUGGAGGUCCUCCAGGAGGAGCUUAAGGCAGCCCGUCUGCAGAUCAAUGAGCUGAGUGGAAAAGUGUUGCAGCUCCAGUAUGAGAAUCGAGUGCUGCUAUCCAACAUGCAGCGCUACGACCUGGCUUCCCACCUGGGCAUCCGAGGCAGCCCGCGAGACAGUGAUGCGGAAAGUGAUGGAGGGCGGGACGAUGACACCCCCUCAGCCUCGGCCUCCUCUCCUCGCUUGCUUCCGCCCCACCGUAAAAGGGAGGGCCCAAUUGGAGGUGAGAGUGACCCGGAUGAAGUGAGGAACAUCCGUUGCCUUACUCCAACACGCUCCCUUUACUCGCCUGUGGAGAGCCGUUUUUUAUCCAGAAGCCUGAAGGAACGGCAGCAAAUGAUAGACAUCCGAAUCGAGGCCGAAAGGCUGUGCCGGACCAUCGACAGGCUCAUCGCUGACACCAGCACCAUCAUUGCCGAGGCUCGGGUUUAUGUUACGAAUGGUGAGCUGUAUGCCAGGCUGGAUGAUGACGAGGAAGGCGGCAGAAUCCGAGAACAUGAGCUGCUCUAUCGCAUUAACGCACAGAUGAAAGCCUUUAGAAAGGAGCUACAGGGCUUCAUUGACCGGCUUGAUGUUCCCAAACAAGAUGACAAACAACCAGAGGAACCUCUAUCUGGUGGGGAGAACCGUCGAAUUUUGCUGGACUUAAAGACAGUUUUGGAUGAAGUGCAGGUGGAGGUGAAGCGGGAGGAAGAGAAGAGGAGUGAGCUCCAGUUGCAGUAUACCAGAGACAGAUGUGGCUGGGAGGUGGAGAGGGCUGAGCUCAAGUGCAGGAUUGCACAGCUGGAAGCCAAAGAAGAUUGCAGGUCAACAAGUGGAAGUGUCAAAUUAGCACCAGGUCCUCACUCAUCAACAUCAACGCUCUGUCGGGAAAAAGAGGAGCAGCGGAGGCUCCUGGCAGACACGCGCUCAACUACCAUGGAGCUGCGCUGUCGUCUGGAGCACAACGAGAAAGACUGGUUGAAGGAGAAAGCCGACUUACUGGGGAGGUUUGAUGUGGAAAGACAGGAAUGGGAAAGCCAACUAAAGGAUAUGCAACGGAAAAUAGAAGAGUUGUACAGUGAGGUGAGGGCCAAGAGAGAGGAGACCGGAUUGGCUGGUGGCAGGCGGGGUGAGGAAGAAGAGCAUCACCUCAGUGUAAAUUCCCUCAGCACUGGUUCUAGUGUGCUGAGUGACAUUUCACAGCCGCACAGCAGCUGCAGCCUUUCAGAGCCCUUACCUGGCUUUAGCCACGACAACAUUAUCAGUAGAGGGGAGAGUGCCAUUUAUUCCACCACCUGUUGUCAAGUAGACCGCCUACAUGAACUGAAUGGAGGUGGUCAAUUUGCACGGAAUGAGGAUGCAGUUCCUGAAUUGAAAUCUAGAGACUCUCUUCUUAAAAGGAAAGAAGCUAUAGACACCUCAGAGCUUGAAGCUAUUGUCCUUAAAUCACCUGAAUGUGGAAGGGCACCGAAAAAUAUCUCCAUUGGAAAUGCAAAUAAUGUUGAUCGUAGCCUUCAAGCAAGUUCUGUGUUGCCAGAGAUGUCUUACGCCAGUGAGAAGAAGGAGAGCACCACUGCUUUAAAUGCUGCUCUGAAAGAGAUAGCACGAGUAAGUGAAGAGCUCUGCAGCUACCAGGAUAAAAUUAAAAAGAACAGUGAGGAAAAAAGAAAUCAAUCUGAACUCCUGUGCCUCUCAGAAGAGAAGAACAUUCCAUUGGCCAUGGAUAAAAUUGGAUUUAACUCAAAUCAGACACCAUCUGACCUUAGCCAAAUUUACUACCAACUUAAGGAAUUGGAGAAAGAAAACUGGAUCACCUUGUCGCCAGAUCACACCUGGCGGGCCCAAAGAGGGUCACACAAUUCCUGGGGAAAGAAUUCCACUGACAGCUGCAGAGAUGUACAGACAAGCCUGGGAGCAGUCUUUGAUACGGAUACAGUACCCCCUCCUCUGCCUACCCGUAGCUUAUCCCGGAAUUUGAGCUCACCCUCCCAACGAGAUAUAGAACUCCACAUCCCUGAAUCCCCCAUGACAACAAUGACAAAGUGUCACAGCCCAUGUGCUGUCGUUGACAAAAAGUAUAGCCCAUGUGCUGUCGUAGACAAAACGGGUAGCAGCCCAUCAAUUGUUAGGAAGUUUGAGGCAAUGCUGCAAGCAAAUGAAGGAAAAGUUUUCAAAGAUGGUGUGGUAGCAUCCUGGUCCGUUCCUACAAAUUCCAACUGUAACAGUGGCUGCUCCCACAACCGUUGGUCUUGUGAUGCAAGCAAGUGUACUAGCAGUAAGUUGUCCACAUCUGGGACUGUCCAGAAAAGCUUCUCUGAGGCCAACAUAUUGACUUCAACAAAAGACUGCUCACAUUACGCCCUUGGUGUUGGAAAUGUACAGAACCGUCAGCCACAAAUGGCCCCAAUUGUUAAAGAAUUACCUGUAGAUCUGAUUUUGUCCCCACUGGAAACAACCAGCCCCAAACUACAAGGCUCCAGGAGAAACAUUACGCUGGAACAAAAAACCGCAGAGUUCAACAGGACUUUGUUUCAAGCAGUGAUGGGCCGUGGGGUAGAGCACCAAGACUGUGUUCCAGAAGCAAAUACACACUCUUGUAAACCAGCCCUGUUAGUAGACUCUGUGUCCAAUGAGUUUUUAUUUCCCAGGUGUCAACUUGAUGAAAUCCCGGACAUCAUGGAUGUGAAUACUGAAGUUGAAUUACGUAUUUCCACCCCAGAUCAAAUCAAAUGUAGCCCUGAAGUUCAAGAGGUCAGAAAGAAGCAUGGCAGCAUUUCUGUCGCUGUACCUGAACAAUUAAAUGUUGCAGUCAGGGAGGAAAACCCAACAACCACUCACAGUCCUGAGCAACUUUCUGACAUUAAGAAAAAGGUUUGCACAGUGAGCAGUCCUACCAGGAGAACGCAAUACAGGGCAACCACACACACUCCCCUUUCGAAGCCUGUAUUGGCUGCAAAUAUUAAUUCAGAACAUAUUGGAGAGGACAUCAACUUUAAGAAGGACAAUUUCUCAGGAGUGAAGCCUCAGCCGGCUGAGAUCGAAAGAUCACUCCAGCAGCCCUCUGCACAGAGCAAAGAGAGACUCCAGGCACAAAACUCAAAACUUGGUUUUGUUUCUCCCUCCCAGUCGGAUGGCUGCAAACCUGGGCCUCGAAUAUUGAAUGACCAUCCCUGGAAACCCCUUACUCUCGCUGCGUACCCGCGCCCUGAGGGUUCACGUUCCAACUAUGGCGCAGUAGAGAUCAUUUUGAAACACUAUGAGAGUGCAUCUCAGGCUCUACAGCACCAAAGCCAACACAUUGAGACCGCUUCAAGUCCUAACUCCUGCCUCCAGAAAGACACCAUGGAGUUAAACAAGCGCAAUAUGCACCCUCCUCUGAAGCAGUCGUCACUCACAAAGUCAGACGCCAGUCUGAACAGCCCGGUGGCACAAAUAAAGCUUUCCGUGCAGGAGAAAGAAGAGUCCUGCUUCCCCUUUAACCAGAAUGCUUUCACAAAGACCGCACGUCCAGCCAAUCGACGCCUGCCCUCCCGCUGGGCCAGCCUGUCCCUAACUUCCUCCUCGACUGCCUUCACAUCUCUUUGGAUCACACCUGUUGUACCUCCAUCAAUUCCCUCUCAUAAACGCACUCCCUCCUUCCCUUACUCACAUGCCUUUCACAUGGAGAAUGUCAUUAUUUGAUCUCCAACAAGAUUCCUUCCAUGAAUGAACCCUGAACACUUCAAUCUCCACCACUGUUUGUUGUACACCAUAAAACCAAACCUUCUCUCUCACACACUUUGAAGUGCUUUAGUUGUGAGUUUUCCCAACUCACCUUAGAAUGUAUUUGGCAUUCACUGGAGCCAAGAUGACUAAUUAGAAAAGGUUCCAAAACAGCUUCUUUUGUGCAACGGCGUGCUCACACUGACCUGCCAUGCAUUGUUCAUGCCUGAGAAGGCAGUGAAAACGUGAUUUACUACGCUCAGGUCUGUAUUCUAGCCUUGACUACAGAAGCUUGCAGAUCUACUAACCUUCCACUAUAUGUAUCUCCAUACCGCAUUAACACCAAAAUAUGAUUAAUGUUUGUAAUCAAAAGGAACUGUAUAGUGGUUUGUAUUUUCUUGAAAACAAUGCUUAUGCUGCUUCAGCAUCAGAUUGUCAAAUUUCUGCCUUGAAAAUAACUGAAUACAUGGACUGUACCUCUGCUGUGACUUUUUUGCUUUAAAUGUAUCACUGACUUCUUCCACUGGUUAUACUUGUUUGAUAUUGACAAAUAAAAUGCGAGUUCACUUUUAUAACUUUGUAUUAAUGGCUGGUUGUGUUUUGUCAAAGGUAUUAUUUGGCAAGGCAUCUUGCAAACUUUUCUGUAUUGAAUAUUUUUUUCUUGGCGUGGUUACUCACUGACAUUCUUUUUUCCUAUGUGUACAGAAACAUUGUCACAUAUUCGGACACAACUUAGUAGAACAGCCUGUUGGGUCAAAGUAUUGAGCCCAAUUAUCAUAAAAAGUGAUGCUUUUGCUGAUCUAUUUUGUGAAAUAAACAUGGACUAAGAAGUUAAA